AUGCAAGCCGACAGUCACAUGGUGAUUGACAUGCUGCCGGCCGUCGUGCAGACUCGCCUGCCGGCCCUGCGAGCCCUGCAGAAGUCUAUAAGCCGCGUUGUGCCGGUGCCCAGGCUCCCCAGAUCGUGGCCCAGCUCGGCAAGAUCCUCUCCGCCCUCAAGUCCGCCUCUCGACGCUGUGGCUACUGGUGAGGAUGCUGCUGGGCUAGAUCUUGGUCUGCCUUCAUCGUCAUCCUCCUCCUCCUCCUCGUCAGUGUCUUCCAUAGACACAGUCACAGUAAACAGCUACAGGAUGGACGCUACCGUCCGCCAACGAUCCGGGCCAAUGGUCCACCAGCGAACGCCGAGCGGCUUUCUCAUGACACCGCUCACGCCCCCGAUACAGAUGGACGAGUCCGGGGUCAAGUGGCAGUAUGCACAGCAAGGCAAUAUGCUUCAUGCCCUAGGGGCACAGCAAGGCGGCAACGACUCGGCAUUCAUCCGCAAGUCGUAUAUUGAUGGCGUCUCCUACCUGCUCAAGGCACUGCCCAACAACCUCGACGAACAUGAGCUGGCAACUAUCGAGCAGUCGCUGCCGACGCAAUGUCUCAGCCGGGGCAAUAAUGCGGUCCCCGACAGCAGCGUCCAGUUAUACCAGCAGCAGCGACAACAAUACCAACAGCAGACAGAGCAAAGCCAGCUAGAAGUGCUCUUCCGCCGCGCGAUCCGCAAGGCAGCCCUCCAGUUCGUGCUGCUGGUGUAUCUUCUCGCAAAGCUUACGACGGUCCUCGUCCGCCUGGCCGCGCACUACGAGGCCAAGUACAACAUCUCGCACCAGGUCCUCACACACGGGGUCGCGGUCGCGAAUGCCGUAGGCCACUGUGGCAUGGCCCUCGCUGACAAGGUCGCCCCGGCCGGCGACGGGCGACUUGGACAGGCCUUAGCAAAGGCAGGAGGUUGGGCGCUGGACAUUGUGUCAGGUGCGAUACAGGAAGGGUUGAGCGAGGGCAUCGAGGUUAUCAGCCGUCGGCCACAGCCGAGUCCGAGACUCGGGUGA